ACCUUGGUAUUUUUUAUAUCGUUCACACGUUUCUUGUGUCACUAUAAAUAUACAUAUCAAUAUGCAUACAUUAGCAACACAAAUAAAUCUUCAUAAGCAAAUUAUUUCAUCUCUAAUCACUUAUCAAUAAUCAUUAUUUUCUUAGUAAAAAUGUCUUCUCAUAGGUACUUUUCAAUGUUCUUCCAAACAUUAGUAUUUGCAGCUCUUGCAACCACAACAUUUUCAACACUCACAACAAAUUACUAUGACUACACAUGUCCCAACGCUUUGAGUACCAUUAGAAGUGUUGUGAAAGACGCUGUUCAAAAAGAGAACCGUAUCGGUGCUUCGAUACUACGCUUGCACUUUCAUGAUUGCUUUGUUAAUGGUUGUGAUGGUUCACUUCUUUUGGACUCUACAUCUUCCAUGGAUAGUGAGAAAAAUGCAAAUCCAAAUAUCAAUUCAGCUAGAGGAUUUGAAGUGGUGGAUGCAAUCAAGCAAGCUGUGGAUGAAGCAUGUGGCAAACCCGUUGUUUCUUGCGCAGAUAUAUUGGCUGUAGCUGCUAGAGACUCUGUUGUUGAGUUAGGAGGACCAUCAUGGAACGUAAGAUUAGGGAGAAAAGACUCUAAAACAGCAAGUCGUGCCGAUGCAGAUGCAAACAUACCCGGACCAUCUUUCAGCCUUUCACAACUCAUCGAAAACUUUGAAAACCAUGGCCUAAACAAAAAAGAUCUUGUCGCCCUUUCUGGAGCACACACGAUCGGAUUCUCACGUUGUCUUUUAUUUAGGGAUCGUAUCUACAACGAAAACAACAUCAAUUCUAACUUUGCACAACAACUUCAAAACAUUUGUCCAAGAGAAGGUGGAGACUCCAACCUUGCUCCUCUGGACAGUGUUACAUCGGCGAAAUUUGAUGUGGCCUAUUUCGCGGAUUUGAUUAAAAAGAAAGGGGUUCUUCAUUCUGAUCAAGAAUUGUUGAAUGGUGGUUAUACUAGUGCUUUGGUUAAAUUAUAUAGACAUAAUACUAGAGCUUUCUAUUAUGACUUUGCGAAAUCUAUGAUUAAGAUGGGAAAUAUUAAGCCACUUACUGGAAGUCAAGGUGAAAUUCGUUACAACUGCAGAAAAGCCAAUUAAUUAUGAUAUAUAUGGGUAUCGUUGUUCACUAUGAUAUAGUUUAUGAUAUUGUAAUAUUUUGGUAAAAUAAAAAAUGUAAUAUUAUUGUGUAUUACAUGAGAUUUUAUUCAUUUCUGUUUAA